UAUUUGUAGUAUAAUUUCCGAUCCAUUAAUUUUCAUUUAUUUUAGUUAACAGUUUACUGCUAACUUAAAAAUGCCAACUACAGAUAUACUAACUGAACAUAAUAUAACUAAGAAGCCUGUUAAUCUAAAAUUAGGCUUUAUCAUUUUGCUUUUUCGAGAUAAUCGGUGGGGUCGAGAGAGAAAUCUGUGGUGAGGCUGCAUAAAAACUUCUUGUACCGAAUGGCAACGUCGGAUUAGCUUUAAAAUGUCUUGAAAUGUAAUAAAUUCGUAUAUUUAAACGUGGCUUUUCGCUUGAACUUAUUAAAUAGAAAUUAAACAACGUGCCAAAAUGUUCAAAUAUGUUACCAUUCUGUUGUGUCACUUCAGUUUUUUAAGCUUCUCCAACGCUCAACUUCUAGAAGGCAUCUACUGUGGAAAACAAAACUGUUAUGAUGUGUUGGAAAUUACCAGAGAAGCUACAAAAAGCGAAUUAUCCAAAAGUUAUAGAAGAUUGGCUCGACAGUACCAUCCUGACCUGCACCGAGGGAAAGAAGCAAAAGAAAAAGCUGAGGAACAAUUCAAAAUUGUUGCCAAUGCAUAUGAAAUAUUGAAAGAUGACGAGAGCCGUAUGGAUUAUGACUAUAUGCUGGACAAUCCUGACCAAUAUUACGCUCACUACUACAGAUACUAUAAGCGACGUGUAGCUCCAAAGGUAGACGUUAAAAUAGUUAUUCUAGUUACAAUAUCUGUGAUAUCGAUCAUACAAUACUAUUCAGGCUGGCAAAGGUAUGACAGUGCUAUAUCAUACUUCAGUACGAUACCAAAAUACAGAAAUAGGGCUCAGGAUAUUGCUAAACAAGAGGGACUCUUGCCUGAUAAUAGUAAAAAAGGCAGUAAAAAACAGAAGGUUUCUAAAGAAGAAAUGGAGCAAGUAAUUAAAAAAGUUAUUGAAGAAAAAAUGGAUAUUAAAGGUGCUUAUGCAAAACCAAAAAUAACAGAUAUUCUGUGGAUUCAGCUGGUUAUUCUUCCUUACACAACAGCUAACUAUAUUUACUGGUAUAUUUCAUGGAUUUUGAAUCAUAAUAUCAUGAAGAAACCUUACAAUGAAGAAGAAAAACUCUACAUUAUAAGAAAAUAUCUGAAAAUGGGACAGCACCAAUUUGACAGUCAAGAAGAUGAAACAAUACAGAAAUUCCUCGACAGGGAGCUGUGGAUAAAAGAAAACUUUGACGAGUGGUUUAAAGAGCAGGAAGAAGAGACAAAAAAACAGUUGGCUGAAAAUAAUCGUUACAAACAGUAUCGAAGGUAUAUCAAGAAUCAUGGUGUGGGCAGAAUGACAUUUGAUGAUUCUUAAUAGUGUUGUAUGUGAUAUUAGGUAAUUUAUAUCAAAGUUAUAUUUAUUUUUGUGUUUGUACAUCGGGUUGUCCAGAUCACCACAAUUAUGCACAACUAAAUAAUUAUUAUCAGUGAAAUGGACCUACAGGGUGACUUUUUGAUCUAAAAAAUCUCAGUGUCACUCCAAUUAUUUUUUAAAUAUGCAGUCAAAAACUAAAAACAGGACAAUUAAAAUAAACUUUUACAUUAAAGUUGUAGAUUAUUAAAUUGGAAUACUGUAUUUUUAUCCAUUGAAUUUGUUGUAAAAUACCUAUUAAAUAGCCAUUUCAUGUCAUCAAAGUCAAAAUUAAAUUAGAUGUAUUUUUCUCUACUUUAAUUUCUAAUGGAACACAUAGUAUUUUACAUAGAGGUUAAAAUGUAUUUUAUAACAUAAACUCCAUUUCUUUUAUCCAACUUUGUUUUGAUGUUUUGUUAAAAAAACUGGAUCACCCUGUAUAUAUACUAACAAAAGAGAAAUAAAUUGUGUAAGAUCUUUUAAGAAAAUCAAGGCAAACAUUAUCGAUUCUACAUAAUAGGUUUAUUACCAUUAUACCUUUAUUAUUUAUUGCUUUGCAUUGUAACAUUCCAGUUUUUUUAAAAUAUCAACACUGUUACACAGAGUUAAAAAAUAAAUUAUUUGCCUUUA